AUGGAUUUAGAGAAUAAAACCUUAUUUAAUUCUCAAGAUCAUCAGCAAGUAGAAGAAUUCCUUAAGAAAUACUGUAUUCCCCAGUAUUUUGAUGUAUUUAUUGCUGAAGGCUUUGAGUCGCUUCCUGCACUUUCAGAAAUAACAGAAGAAGAUUUAAUUGCAUUAAAUGUAAAGCGUGGCCAUAGAAGAAUCAUUCAAAGAGGAAUAGCAAAUUUAAAAGGAAUUCCUAAAAAUCAUCCUUUAUCUUUAACAAACCCUGUCAAUUAUCCUUAUUAUCCUUCCACUAUAGAUUAUUUUCAUCAUCAUCAUCAUGUCAAUGAAGGUUCUGCAAAUACAUCAUCAAGUGGUUAUGGUUCUUCAAGUCCAGGUACAUGUCACCCUACUUCAGUUGGUCAUCAAUCCUUUAGUUCUUCUGGCUUCACUACUAGUGGCAAUACAGUAGAUCCUUAUCAUCAUUCUUCUCAAUCGAAUCAUUUACACUACUUGAUUCGUCCUCCAACUACUUCAUCUCUUCAACCAUUACAUCAAUUACAAAAACAACGAGAAUUAGACACUGAUACUAGUAUAAAAGAAAUGUCUAGUUUUUCCUCUCAAGAAGAAGAUGGUGAAUAUAAUUUACAACGAAUAGACAAUAAUACUUUAGCAGCAGCAGCAGCAGCAGCAACAGCAACAGCAGCAACAGCAGCAACAGCAGCAACAGCAGCAACAGCAGCAACAGCAGCAACAGCAGCAACAGCAGCAACAGCAGCAGCAACAACAACAUCUAAAACGCAAUCAAAUUAUAGUGUGAGUAUCUGUAGUAGUAGUAGUAGCAGUAGUAGCAGUAGUGGUAUCGGUAAUGACUCUAUUAUCAAACGAAAGUAUAAACGUCAUCCAAAACCUGAUAAGAAUGCACCCAUUAAACCCCCCUCAGCUUAUAUCAUGUUCUCUAACCAUCUACGUUCACAUAUCAAAGGUCAAAAUUUGACUUUUGUUGAGAUUGCUAAAUUAGUAGGUGAUAAAUGGAAAAACUUGAAUCCAGAUGAAAAACAAAGCUACGAACGAACUGCGAUGUAUACUAAAGAUGAGUAUUUGACUGCUCUAGAAAAAUAUCAAAGGACGGAUGCCUAUAAGGAAUAUCAAAAGUAUUUAAAUGCCUUUAAAGCAGAGCAAAAUGAAAUGAACCAAAAGAUUGCAAGGUUACGUAAGGAAGCUAAAGGGAUAUCACCUGAUGAAUGCAGUAGUUUAACAGAUAUAAGUUCGAACGAUAACAAAACGGAAUCAACAGACGGAUUGAAUCAGGAUGUCUAUAACAGUAGUAGUGAAGAAGAUAAUAAUAAUGAAGAAGAAUACUAUUCUUCGUAA